UCGCGCUGCAGAGGGAGGCUGAGCCGGGCCGGGUGGGUGGCGGGCUCGGGGGCACAGUGGUGCUGCCCUGCGCUCCCCCAGACGAGACAUGUUGCCUUGGCCGCCUCCGAGAUGCCGCGCAGGCGAGGAGGAGGCGCCCGAGGAACCAGGCCCCUCGGUGGGCAGUGACCAGAGUGAAGCCGGGAGCUCCGGGGAGGAGGCCCUGGGGGAUCCAGGAAUACCCACGCAGGACAGCCCUCAGCACCAGUCUCCCAGUACUUCCUGGACCCAGAGAGAGCUGCUGCUGCCCUGCCACCCCCUAGGCCCAGCUAAUGAGCAGUCUCCAGGAGCACCAGUUCCUCUUUCCCCCCAGAUGGCCUGGGAGGUAGCCCCCUCAAGGAUGACCCUGCUAGCACCCUGGGAUCCCAACUACAAGGCUAAAGCAGGACAUCAGCUGGUGAGGGGGACCAGCUGCGGGUCGGGUGGCUCCUUCUCAGGCCGGACCUUGUGUCAUCCCUCGUUCUGGCCGCUGUAUGAGGCAGCCUCACAAAGGGGCCUCAGACCCCUUGCCCCUGCACCAGGGCGUCAGAAUGGAGAGCAGGCACCCAGGGAUGCAGGGCUCCCAGUGAUGUGCCGUGAGGAUGUCUUUCUCUCGGACCCUCUGCUGCCCUGUGGGCAGCGUGUUCCCCUGUACCUGUCCGAGGCCCCUCAGCAGGUGAUGGGCUCCCUGAAACUGCUGCUGCCAGCCCCUGUCAUGUCCCGUUGUGUCCUUCCCACCUCGUCCCUGGGCUGCUCCACUGCCUGGCUCAGUGGGCCUGAGCUGAUUGCACUCACUGGCCUGCUGCAGAUGAGCCAGGGGGAGCCGAGACACAGCUCCUUGGAGGCUCCCACGCCCCCUGCUGGCCCCCCAGAUCCUGUCUCUGACCACCCAGGCCCCAGCGGUAGUGGGAGAUGUUCUCACUGCACUGACCCAUCUCUCCCACAAACCCCAGGUGCCCAUUGUCCAUAGCCCCUCUGGGUCCCCCAUACCCCCAGGCAAGUUCUGUUGACAAUAAAAGUUUAUUUGCAAAACAGGUUUGCAAAAAA